AUGAAUCUUGCUAACUUCUCUUACUUCACGGGCAUGUGCAACAUGACGGCCGAGUCGCAGCACUCGCCAGCCGAGGCGGCCAGUCCCGUGGUGGUGUCACCAAAUGUAAGUCUGGACUCGCCGAUACCCCCUCCGUCGUUGCUGCACCAGGCUCGAACCAAAGACGGGGUGCUCAUCAAGUCGGAACCCCGAGGGAGUAGUCCCAACAUCGAGCGAGAGGACGGGGUCUCUCUGGGUCAGACGGAGGAACAUCUGCCAGCCAGCGGCAGUCGGCGCAGAAAGAGGCCGGUGCAGAGGGGGAAGCCUCCAUACAGUUACAUCGCCCUAAUUGCCAUGGCUAUAGCCAACUCACCUGAGAGGAAGCUCACCCUGGGUGGUAUUUACAAGUUCAUCAUGGAGCGCUUUCCCUUUUACCGCGAGAACUCCAAAAAGUGGCAGAAUUCCAUCAGACAUAACUUGACCUUGAAUGACUGCUUUGUGAAGAUUCCAAGAGAACCCGGGAGGCCCGGUAAAGGCAAUUAUUGGACACUAGAUCCAGCGGCUGAAGACAUGUUUGACAACGGUAGCUUCCUGCGGAGACGAAAGAGGUUUAAGCGCACCGACGUGAGUACUUACCCCGGUUACAUGCAGAGCUCCAGCGCAUUCACACCGGCACCCAUGGGCAGACCGACCUACCCCAACACCCUGUACCCGGCAAUGGGAUCCAGCUACGGCUCUCAGCUGACAGCAUCCCCUCACCCGGCCAUGCUGCAUCACUACCAGGCCUCGGCCGGGGUCGGCCAAGGACAGUCACGCAUGUUCAGCAUAGACAACAUCAUAAGUCAACAAACGGUCAUGCAAAGCGGGACGGGGGUAGACCUGAACUCUCAAGCUCUCGGCUUGGGCAGUGGCGACUUGGGUACCAUGCCUUCCAGCUGCUCUGUCACCGGCGCAGACCCCACAUGCUAUCAGACGCAGUCCGUUAAUCCAGGAAACAUGUUAAGUAGAAAUAGUGGCUGUGUGACUUCAAAUCUCACGUCGGGCUAUCCGUACACCACCUCGGCCUCACCACCUCACAUAUCCGCGGUGUCACAGUCCAGUUAUUCCGCGGGUAGUUCACAGGUGUACUGCACGGGUAACAGAAUCUCCUUGCCCCCCGUGCGCUCUGGGUCUUGCGGGGAGCACACAGAACAACUCCUUGGACUAUCUGGACCCACCAUGAACACAUAUAACAACUCUUACAUGAGGCAGACCAACUUUGCGUCAGGCCUUGAGCGGUACAUGUGA